UUAUCUGUUGUUCGAUAUCAACAAGCGAAUCUUCCAGGAGCCAACAGCACACCAUCAACUGCAGAUUACUCCGCGCAGUACCGGAUUCUUGUGCCUUCUACGAAAUUGAAACAGUUCUUUCUUUUGUUCAAUCUGAAUAACCAAAUAAUACAACCAACGCACAUACAAUGGCACCUUUAAUUUUGCACAACGUCCCCGAUGACGAACUCUACGUGGGCGAGGACGGCAAGCAACGACCAUAUGCUAUGGUCUUUUCACAAAACGAGGGGCAUCAUGCCUCAGCCCGCGGGAGGCGAGCCGUCGCAGAGACUGGUUCCUUCGGUCGUUCCGCUCGGAGAUCACGCUCAAAGACUGCGACACCCGCCCGGAAAGAGGACCCCACCCUCGCAGCAGCAGAUCAGGUCUUCAAGCAGUGGUUUGCGACGCAAAAGAAAUCAAAAGACGAGGAUGAGGCACAGCCCACGCAACAACGAAAGCCGAGCGGUGGCCAGCCGACCGACAACGAGGCUGCUUCGGCAACCUCGUCGCAGUUUAGCCAAAAACAAGUACCCUUUGAGGUCAUUCUUCGUGGAUACAGGUCGGCGCGCCAGCAAUACGCCGCGAUCGCCCACUACGAACAGCUCGCCGGCCCCAUUUGCGAAGAUUACGCAAGAGAUCCCCCGAUCGACAACCGUCGGUACAAGUCGGAACUGCGAGACUCGGCCUUGCAGGCGGCGCAUAGGAGACGGCGCGCAUUGACUCCCGAGGAGCGCGCCCGCGUCAACCGUGCCGACGGUGGUGAGCACUGGGUAAAGGUCACAUUUGAAUCGGCAGCAGCGGCCGAGGCGGCUAUGUCCGUUUCGCCCCAGCGGAUUCUAGGACACCUUGUGUACUGCGAACCUUACCAAGGCAUCCCACCUUCGGAUCAGGCCGUCCCAGACAACAUUGGCGAGGCAGGCGAACUGUUGGCUGGAUAUCAACCUCGCGCCUCAUUGUCAUUCCCAUCCCGCGGUCCGCCAAGGACAGUCAAUGAUUACAGCGGCGGCACGACGACCAUUCCCAAGUCAAUGUCAACCCCCGCACUCCCGGGAAAAUUCUCACCUUCCAACUCUUUGACCUCUUCCCGCACCAUGGACACUGGCACGCUUGACUCGUUGGCCGACUCGGCUACAGUCUCAUCAGCUACUGCAACCGGACAACCCGGCUUCACGACUGCCGUUGAUGUCAGCGGGCCCUCUUCCAAAGAUAGCGCAUACUGCCGAGCAGCGCCUGCGGUUCGCAAGACAAGGCUGUUGCCGGCGGAGCAGGCUCUGCUGCCCCAGCAGUCGUAUGCUCAACGUGCGCUCGACAGGAUACCAUUCCUCAAGUGGUUCAGCGGUUCCAUGAUCGGAAACGAAGUUCCGCGCACCGAGAAUGGCGAUUUUGACUGGGACAAGGCUAGUUUGUACUGGAAGUUUAUCUGGUGGUUGGACUCAACCUUCAGGUUGUUUGGUGGAGAGAUUAUAAGCGCGGACAAGGAUGACUAGAUGAUUUGCACGUAUAAUACUUGAGGAACGAUUUCAGGCUGAUCCUAUGACUAUGUUGAGAGAAGGCCACAGCGUUUCUGGUCAUGGGUUCAUAAGACAUCCGGAUCUUUUUAGCGUUGAUUUGUGUUAAAAACAGGGCCUUUGAGGCGCCGACUAUACUUGUAAUAAGUGGUUAAUUUUGUCAGAACCACGGCGCAAGCUCCUGACCGACUUUGUUGUCCAGUGUACGAAUACCAAGUGCACAAAAGCG